CAGCACCGACUGCCGGGGAGAGCGCCCCCUGCUGAUCCAUGACCCGCUCCCUGCAGCACAGCGCACCCAGCACCUCUCUGCAGCUAAUCCAGCUGCUGUUCCCUGAUCUCUCCUACCACCCUGGACUCUCUCCAUGGGGCAGGCUAAGGGAGCUGCCCCCUGUGUGGGGGGUGGGGAUAAGGAUGCGUAGGGAAGCUGCCCCAGUGCCCCUCCCCCAGACAGGUGGGGGUCUGCCCCAGUGUCCCCUGGAGCACUGUGGGUGGCUGGGCCCUGCUGAUCCCUCCCCCGCCACCCCGUCUUAUUGCAGCCGGUGGGGUAGACGAGCUGGCCGGGAAGUUCUCCAGUAGCAGCGUCAUGUACGGCCUCUGCCGCGUCCAGGACCCCAGCUCCGGGCAGCCCCGCAUCAUCCUCAUCAACUGGGUGGGGGAGAAGGUGCCGGAGUCCUACAGACAGACCUGUGCGGGGCAUCUGCCUGCCAUCAAGGCCUUCUUCAAGGAGGCCAGCCUGGUGGUGAGCGCCCGCCGCCCCGAGGAGGUGACGCAGGAGGGGCUGCACCGCGUGCUGUCCCGGCUCGCGCCAGCAGGGGGCAGCACCUCCAGGCGAGCACCAGCCAGCGGCUCUGAGGAACUGGUGGGCACCAACUACAGGAAAACGAACCCCGCCCUGGAGAUCCGCAGGACCAAACGGGAUUCGUUCUGGGCGCAGGCCGAGAGGGAAGAGGAGCAGCGGAAGGAGGAGGAGCGCCGGCGGCUGCUGGAGGAGCGCAAGCGCUGGGAACGCGAGCGCAUGGAGGAGGAGAAGAGAGAGGCGGCCGAGCGAGAGCGCAAGUUCAAGGAGAAGGAGAGGCUGAUCGAGGAGCAGAGGAAGGAGCAGGCCCGGCUGGAGGCCGAGGAGCGGAGGAAGGAGAAAGCCCGAUGGGAGCAGCAGCAGCGGGAGCACGAGGAGGCCAUGCGGGACCGGUUCCGGCGCAGCGAGUCCAUCGAGAAGGCCGUGGUAAGUGGGGGGAGCCUAGAAAGAGCACCCCCUGCUGGGCCGGGCCUGUCCUAGC